ACGGAAGAAAAGUCUUCAAGUUUUGUCUUUAAGUGCUAAAACCAUUAAUUUAAGCCCUUGACAAACUUACACCAUACAUCAAUACUAGUUUGAUCAAUCUGUACGUGGCCAAGUACUUACUUCUUCCUCUAGGUUCUCUCCUCUGUGUGUAAAUGGCUUUUCAUCUUCUAUACCUUCUUUGCUUCAUCGUUCUCGCGCUUCUUUGCUUCAUACUGCCAAAUAUCUCUUUGUCAAUUGCCGAAGAGGUAGAAGGCGGUCCGUGUGGGUUCAACAGCUUGUAUGUGCCAGGACAACCUUGUCAAUGUCCACGUGGUUACAGUUUUAUUGAUCCAAAUGAGGAGCCCAAAAGAUGCAAACAGGACUUUGUUCCACAAAGCUGCAACGCACCGGCUGAUGAUUUUUAUUUGCACGAGAUGGAAAGCACUAAUAUGCCUUUUUUGGAUUAUGAGCAUUUUCAAGGGGUGACUGAGGAUUGGUGCAGACAGAAAUGCCUAGAGGAUUGCUUUUGUGCUGUUGCCAUUUUCAAUACCGCCUUAAACUGUUAUAAGAAGGGACUCCCUUUUAAUAGUGGGACGAUUGAUCCUAGUAUUUAUAAUGGGACGAAAGCUCUUUUCAAAAUAGGGAAAGACAAUUCUACUUCAGAAAAGAAAGAUAAUUCAACUUUGAUCAUUCACCAAAAAAAAAAUUAUUCAACUUUGAUCAUUGUUGGAUCAGUGCUCCUUAGUAGCUUGGGGAUUCUGAACUUCCUCUUACCUCUGAUCACAUAUGUGGUUGUUUCUCGAAUGUAUUCUAGAAAAGCUGUGGCGGUUCCUCCUAAUUACCAAGGCAUGAACUUGAAGUAUUUCACUUAUGAGGAGCUAAAAGAAGCUACGCAUGAGUUCAAGGAAGAACUAGGCCGCGGUGCUUCUGCCACAGUUUCCAAAGGAGUUUUAGCAUGUGACAAGGGAAAAUGUGUUGCGGUCAAAAUUUUAGACGCGAAGCAGGUUAGAGAAAGUGAUUUGGAAUUCAAUGCUGAAGUGAGGGCAAUUGGGAGAACAAAUCACAGGAAUUUAGUCCAACUACUUGGAUUUUGCAACGAGGGGCAGCACCGAAUUCUUGUGUAUGAGUUUAUGAGCAACGGUACUCUAGCAAGCUUCCUUUUCGGAGAGACAAGGCCGAAUUGGUACCAAAGAAGGCAAAUUGCAUUGGGGACUGCCAGAGGGCUCUUGUAUUUGCAUGAGGAGUGCAGCAGCCUAAUUGUACAUUGCGACAUUAAGCCUCAAAACAUUCUUCUGGACGACUCAUUCACAGCAAGGAUCUCUGAUUUUGGAUUAGCCAAGCUUUUGAGACUGGACCAGACUCGAACUAUUACAGGAAUUAGGGGAACAAAAGGGUAUGUGGCACCCGAAUGGUUCAAGAACUUACCUAUCACAGCAAAGGUGGAUGUCUACAGCUUUGGUAUUUUGUUGUUAGAGAUCAUUUGCUGCAGGAAGAAAUUCGACGAAGAAGCAGAAGAUGAAGAUCAAAUAAUACUUGCUGACUGGGCAUAUGACUGCUAUAAGCAUACGAAACUACAUCUUUUGUUGGAGAAAAAUGAUGAGGCAAUUGAAGACAUCAAGAUGAUGGAGAAGUACGUGAUGAUCGCAAUGUGGUGCAUUCAGGAAGAUCCAUCACUCAGACCUACCAUGAACGAAACCAUUCAUAUGCUUGAAGGAACUGUUGAAGUCUCAAAACCACCAGAUCCAUCUUCUUAAUUACAUAAGUUCCAUACUUUUAGACCCUGCACAUUAGUUUGUGAUCGAUUCAAAUUAUUACAAUAAUGUUUGGCAAUGCAUGUAUAAUAGUUUUGGGAUUACUGUUUAAGAUUUCUCAAUGUAAAGAUUGAGAAAUGCAUGACAAUCUAUUAGUACAAUUGAAAGAAUACAUUCUUCUGCUUUUCUUCA